AUGUUCAUUGAGUGCUCGUCUGAUGCGCCUGAAGUUGUUGUAUCUGUUGAUCCGGUCAGGCCGUCGUAUUCACCACUGUCGCAAGUUGCGCAACCCUCUGAGGUGCCAGCCCGCGUCUCCUCGUCACCACUUCCACUUCCACCAGGUCAUUCACCUAUCGCCACACCCACUAUACAGACACAGCGCCGACUGGACUUCUCGCUGCCGCCUGCGCCUCCGGUCGAUACACCCUUUGAUACACAGAAAGAGUGGGACGAGCAGUUCUUGGAUGAAGAGACAGAAUACGAGUCUGAAGAGCAAGAGCAGGAUUUGCCAGAGUAUCCUCAAACCUAUGAUCCUGUGGAAGACGCAUUGCAACGCGAUAGCAGGCGGUGGACAACACAAUCAGAGCCUCAAUAUAUCAGUAGCAACAUCACCAGUGAUAGUACUGAAGACGAUUUGAAUCGAGGGUGUAUGGGGCUGGUCCAGAACAUGAGGACUCGUAGCCAGGCUGCUGAGGAGGAUGCGCUGGAGUCUCAAUUGCAGGCUCAAGAACAGCAGCAGCGACAGACACCUCACACCGGUGGGCACCAGGUAUCGAAGAAGGCUAGAUCUGCGCCUAAAAAGGGCCUUCCAAUAUACCCUACACCCGUUGCUAGCAGUGCUAAGAAGGGCGACACCGCUGAGGCUAUUCAGCAGGCUGCUCAGCAGGCUCCUCAGCAGCCACCUCAGCAGCCGCGAGUGACGCUCAAGCUCGGCGGAAAGCAGCCGGCGCAACAGCGUAAACGGCCAACACCUUCGACACAAGGAAAGCAGCCACCCACACGGUCAAAAAAAGCCAGGAAGACACAGAAUUCAUCUAAGCGAUUAGGAGAACAGCCUCAAAAAAGAAUGGACCAAAUCGAGCCAGAAACGCAGUCACAACAGCCGUCGACGAAAGUCGCCGAUUUGCAAGCUACUCCGGCUGCUUCGACACCCGUACCGGCUGCACCAAUCGCUGCUGUUACGCCUGCGCCGUCUGCUACGCCUACGGCGGCUGCUAUUCGAGAGCCUAUCCGCGUGAAGACAACACUCACGUUCAUGAGCAAGGAGCUACCGGCACCAACGCGUGUAUUUAAUGGCGACCCCCUCCAGAUCCAGCAGCUGUUCGAUAGCAAUGAGGAGAUAGUGCGGAAGUACGCCCAAGCUAAGGGUAUGCACUAUCAUAUGCAAGAUCGCAGUGGCAAGCUUAUAGCGCAACGGCACGGUCAGAAGGAACAGCAAGACGACUUCCCUCUUGAUGAUAUAGACGGCUGGCACGAACACCUCCUUCUACUGCUUCCGGUGUAUACGAAGCACACUGUCACUAUUCAGAUUAUAGAGAAGUGGAACAACCAGGCUCUCCACGACUUGCUGUCCUCGCCGCUAUUGCUUAGUAACGAGAGCUUCGAGGAGUCCUCACCACCUGCUUCACAGCUUCCGAAUAAGAAGAAGAGCACGCAGGCUAACAUGGCUAUCGUUAACCAGUUUGAGACCAUAACGCAGAUGCGUAACGACUAUUAG